AUGUCUAUGCCAUUAGUCUUCACCCCUACUGAGGAAAUCGUUACGCCUCAGAAAUGGUACCAUGACCUGAGCCAAAAUGCCUCCGCCUACAGCAACUGCUUCGUCCGAAGAAUCACGCACGUCAAGAACCUCAACUCCUCUCUACUUCACGAAUAUCUCCAAGUCAUUCUCGAAAAUACCGGCUCCAGCUCCAAAGACCGCACCCGCGUGCUGACGGAGCGCCAAACGGAACAAGACCAAGUCAUUAUUGGCCGCUGGUCGUUUGGCGCAAAGCCCUCGGGAAAAGCCUUGAUGAGCUCGAGCUCCGGUAGCUCUGGUUCUGGUUCAGGCUUCUUUCAGCGCAUCACGUCGCUCUUCGGGGGAUCUGCCUCGUCGUCUUCGUCGUCAUCCAAGGACCUCCUCCCUCUGCAGCUUUGGUCGCUGACCUUUGACGACAACAACCUCAACGUCAUUGCCCUCGCCGAAAUUAUGCGAACCACUAGCGACAGAAUGGGUUGCUAUAACCUGGUUCUGAGAAACUGCUACGUCUUUGCAAAGUCCGUCUAUGAGACUGUGCUGCAAAAAUACAAAUGUCAGCAAAACAGCUGGAAGUUUGCCCAUCUUCAAGGAACUCUGCCAUUCCUGCAGUUGAAAACCCAGGAGAUGAAGGAAACGGCGCACCAAUUCGACGAAGAGCUGAAGAAGGACUUCCAAUGGGCUCCGGCAAACGAGGUCGAGGAAACCCUGGGCGUCUUAUAUACAGCUGCCAUCGAGUUCCUGCGCCAAGACGGCAUCGAGCUGACUGAUGAGGAAAGCGAGGAACUCAUCAAAUAUUGCAAGCUGAAAGAUCUCGCAGAUCAUUCGACAGAGACUUCUCUAGCGACCGCAACUGCCAACGUCAAAGAGUUGGACGAAUCGUUCAAAGACUUGGUCGACAAGGUGCUUGAUGAGCCACGCAAAGACGACCUCCUGGCCGUAUACCAGCGAUACAACGAGAAUGCCCCUCCGGCAAUCGCUGCGGAACCAUCAGCCGAGCCGCCGCCUGGCUUCGAGGUGCACAGAGUCUCGGACGAGCUGUGGCAACAAGGACAAGAUGCAAUCAAGGUGCUUGUGGGCAGCAUCUUGGAGGAACUCGAAAGAAAGGGCUCCGACAAUUGA